UCAGGUUUCUCCAUGCUGCAUCUUCAUAACAUCACAGAGCUGCUUUUAAAAGGAUAAUCAAAGAUGUAUGUACUGUGUGUUUUAAAUUGAGCGAGUCAAUGUACAUGCAUAAUCUUAAAGGUUCAGUUACUGUUUCCUAAUGUAAUUUACCCUUUUUUAAGCUUGGGUUACACUACCGGACCCAGAGAAAGCAGCCCAGCUUUUCACACAGGCAGCUCUUGAAAACAAACAACAUAUGGAGCCCCUCACAUUCACCCUGAGUCUCAUGGACUCUGAAGAAGAGAGAGACAGAGCGAUCAUCUCAUUAUACAAGAGGCCCAGGGUGGAGUGGGCAAGGCCCCUAACUUGCAGAUUGAUUGGUGACUCUGCUAUUGGUGAAGGCGUAAAACGGCAUGUGCUGUCCACUGUGAUGGGAGCCGUCCAGAGUGGUUUCCUUCUGGAUGAAAAAAAAGGGAGAGUGCUUCUCUUCGAGGGAGAGAGUGACCACCUUAUUCCCUCAACAAGUCAGGAGCUCCUGGAGGGGGAUUUAUUUGUGACUGCAGGAAGGAUGGUUGGUCAUUCAUUCUUGAAUGGGGGCCCAUGUCUCACUGGCCUAAGCACAGCAAUCAUCCAUGUACUUUUUGGCGGCAGUCCAGAGAUGGCAACCAUAUCCCUGUCAGACUGUGUGGAUCAGGAUGUCCGGGAUGUCUUGGCACUGUUGGAAGGAACCAAGGACCUGUCAGAAGACGACAAAUCCCAGAUUAUCUCUGUGACACUGCCCUGGGACCUGCCUGGUGUCACACUGAACAACAGGUGGUGGCUGAGGGAGAAAAUACUGCUUCAUGCUGUUCUUGGACGGACGACCCAGCAGGUUAAACAAAUCCGACAAGGCCUGAAAGACACGGGUGUCUGGGAGUUUUUUAGCUCCAGGCCAGAUGAUGUGCAAGUCCUAUUCCCAAGGGCCUGCAAUGCAGAGAUCACGCCACAAAUUAUUCUGGACAAUAUCAACUGGCCAAGGGACGAGGACAUCGUCAGCCUGGAGGACCAUUGCAGAGUAAUGACCUUCCUCCGGAAAUUUAUAGAGGAUGGUACGUUGCUUUUGUUCUGGAGUAAGACUCGCUCUAUGUAG